AAUGGGCGCUGUCUCCUUUUGCAUGUAUUAUGCAAUGAGGCUGGAGCCCCCUCCAGGUUUUCCUUCGGCGGAGCAAGCAGGGAAGCGCUGGCUAUACCGAGGAGGAGAAGAUUGGUUUUCUGCAGCAGCAUCUUCCCGGUUCUUUCCGCCCAGCCUCGAUCCACCAGAUUUUUUCUCCCAUUGCGACGGUCGGUAAGCCCGGCCAAGGAUUGGGUUGUUGUUUUUUGCCCUUUUCUGCCAUUGCAUGACUGCCCAAUGGUGUAGGAGGCAGGUGGCAAUGGAUCUAGGAGUCUACCAGCUCAGGCACUUCUCCAUUUCCUUCUUGUCAUCUCUGCUGGGCACCGACAGCUCUGCCCUGAGGCUCGACAGUAGCUCCUCCGGUGCGAGCGUCGUAGCGAUAGACAACAAAAUCGAGCAAGCCAUGGAUCUUGUAAAGAGUCAUUUGAUGUAUGCUGUAAGAGAAGAAGUGGAGGUUCUCAAAGAGCAGAUCAAAGAGCUAAUUGAGAAGAACAACCAACUGGAGCAGGAAAACACCCUUCUGAAAACACUGGCCAGUCCAGAGCAGCUGGCCCAGUUCCAAGCACAGUUGCAGACGAGUUCUUCACCUGCAUCCUCCCAGCCACAAGGAACAACUCAGCAACCUUCCCAGCCAGCAUCACAAGGCUCAGGACCCUCAGCAUAGUCUGCAAUGUCUUGGGCUUAAGUGUUCUGGACUCACCCAGGCAGGACUUCCAGGAAAGCGUAGCCCACUCCAUCCUGCAUGCUGCCACCCAGUCAUGAAGACUCUUCUGUGCCUCUGCGUACAUAGUCACAGAAUGUAUUCUUUUUCAGUAUUAAGCUAUUCAUCAGGAAUAGGGGAGCUUCUUUUUAAUAUUUUUAAGUUGUGGGGGGAAAGUGUCUCAUAAAUGUUCAGGGAAUUAGCACAAAUGCACUGGGAACUUGAGUGGCUUGUGCAGGCGGCUGGCUGCUAAGACACAUGGAUCUGUGUGCCUAAAGCUUUUUUCCUUAAGAUCUUCCUUCCAUGUAGCACCACAAUGAAUGUGAGUGCUAUCAGCAUGGAAAUAGGAAGAAAUCUGCUGGGAUAAUGGGAUGAAGACCCAUUUCUCAACAUUCCACCCAAGAAGCCAAAGUAGUGACUGAUAAAAAAGGACCUUAGGGAAACGUGGAAAGAAAUAAUUUUUGGCUUUCAAUGCCUGUAUCCUUAAAAUGCAGAUAAUGCACUCAUUGUUUUCUGUAGCCAAGGAUGGGUGCAAAAAGUGGUAUUUCUAGGAUGAGAGCAGGUAGGUGGUAAAUUGCUGUGACAUACGAUCAUAAAAAUGAAGGUUUAUUUGCUUCAUGUAUAUUUGUGUAUUUAGUGUAAUUACUUUGUAAAAUAGGAAUUGUAACUACUCAUUAAGUUGUACAGAGUGAAUUUAAAAGAAUGAACUGAACAAGUUUGGAUAGGGUUUUUUAUUUUAUUUUUGAUGCUACAUGAAAAUUUGCACCUACGCAGCUUUUCAGAAAUUGGCUGAUGCUGUUUAUGUAUGUUCUGAAAAUUGCCUUGAGGCUGAAUACGUUGAAAUCCAACUCUGUUCGCUGUAAAUCAGUUUCCUGCAGGGGGAAUCAAUUCACAAAAGCAAACUUAAAAACAAUUCCUCACUAUGUUUUUUGCAUACAAUCUGUAUAGUAGUAUGCAUAUGUUCCUGUGCAUGUUCUUGAGAGAGAAAAGGAAAAUCGUAAAAUGUCAGUAUAUUUAACUAUUGCACUUCUCAACUUCCAAUAAAGCAUAAAACAUUGAUUUAGAA